AUGAGUACAACUACAAAGAAACCACCAGUAGGCACAGCAGGCGGUCGCCGGACUUCCACCGAUCCUCCUAACGGACUGCCAGUUCGAAGCCCAGGUACUCGUUCGCCCGCUCCAUCAACAUCAACUGCCAACGGAGUGGCGCGCAAUCGCUCAAUCAGAGGUGGAGCUUCUGCGCGAGCAGCCAUGCAGAGGCCCGGUGCAGGUACAUCACACCUCAGUCAGAGCAGCAUAUCCUCCGACGUAGAUGAUGACGCUCGCGCAGAAACGGUUGCUCUGCUAGACGACCUCAAGGAACGACUGCACAAGGCCGAGACUGCAUCCGAGCAGUUCCAGAAACAGGCUCAAGUUCUCCAGUCAAGAUUGGACGAAGCUCAGAGCGAGCAAGGCAAGCUUGAGGAUCGUUUGCAUGAGAACGAUGAGAAAUGGGAGCUGCUGGAGAAUGAGAAACGUGAUGCCCUUAGACAGAGGCGGGAGAUGGAAAGCAUCUAUGAGGCCGAGAGAGGCUCGAUGACCAAGGAGAGAGAGGAGAUGUCUAAUCGGGAGGAAGAGAUGCAAACCAUUAUUCAGAGACUGAAGGAUUCCCUGAGCCAGAGAUCCAACACCGAUGAAGAAUCGAGGUUGUCAAGACGAUCCAACAAUUCCUCCCCAAAUCUCGAUAACGGCCAAUUCGCUCCUCCUUCUGGCCUCAAUCGCAGCGAUUCCCGCAAUAACUCAAAGUUGCUUCUCCAGAAAGACCGCCUAAUCGAGUCUCUCCGUCUAGAGCUCGCCGAAGCACAAAUCAAGCUGGUUGAAUCAGAGAAUAUGGGUGGUGGCCGCAUGCAAGAAGUUGAAAGAUUACUUUUGGAAGCCCGCAUGACAAAUGCAAGACUGAUGGAGGACAACGAGAGCUAUCAACUUUUACUAUCUGAGAAGACAUUGACGGGAGAUUUCACAAAGAGUGACUUUAUGGGCUCUGCUUCGAAUCAAGAUGCGCUGAGCGCUCUAGAGGGCAGAUCAGCAGCACCAAGCCUAGCGGAUGAGCUAUCUGAGGCUGAUGAUGGGGGAAGCGACAAUUACAGACGGUUGGAAGGAGAGUUGAAGUCGGCUAAGGACCAGAACAAGGCUUUGACACUCUACAUCAACAAGAUCAUUGAGCGCCUCCUACAACACCAAGACUUUGAAGCAAUCCUAGAUCAAUCAUCUGACUUCAAGCCCGGAGCUCCCAAUACCGAAAAGGCGCUUCCUGCCCCACCUCCAGAACAAGCAUCUGGUGCUUCCAUCCUCCAGCGAGCAAAGUCAGUAGCCAUGGGAACCCGGCGACCACGCCCGCAAUCACAAACAAUUAUGGGACCACCAAGCUCCCAGCAUUCCGCAGUCAGUGACCCCGACACCGCGCCCAGCAUCCCCUUCGGCCUCGGCCGAUCCUCCAGCACUCGCAAAACAGAUCGUCGCCCUAUGAGCGAGCAAUACACUGGUGGCGCCGCCAGCGUCGUGAACCAAAUGUACAAAGGCGGCCAAAACUCACCCCCGAUCACCGGCCCCCAAACACCGCGACACUCGCAAUCCUUCUUCGCGCCCCCAGCGUCCGGCGGGAACCCCAAUGCUGCGCAUCGCGUCCCCAGUGCGGGUCAGGUCCCGACGGCGGGCAACUUCCCCGGCAUGAAGAGCGAGACGAGCAGCAUGAGCGGUGAUUCGGGCGGAGUGUCGACGCCUCCUAGCCUGAGUCCUCCACGCGUUAUCCCGGAGAAAGCUACGACAUUUGCCGGGAAUAAACCAAGGCCUCUAAGGUUGGUACAGGAUCAGACCGAGCGGAAGACGAGCGCGGAGAUUGAGGAGCAGAAGGCGAAGAGGGCCAGUUGGAUGGGCUGGGCAUUUGGGAAGAAGGAUGAAGCUGCUGCCGCUGGUGGUAAUAUUGGUUCCGAGGAGGCUAUUAAAGAGUAA